UUCGAAGAAGGCAAGUAUUCGCCAGUGAGUAGAAUAGUCGCUAUGCAGAAAGAUGUUUUGUACAAAAUUAAUUUGGAUUUUUACUGCAAUCUUGGCAACUUCACAGACAGUUUCCGCGAAAAAGUGUGUCUAUGUUCGCAUUGAUAACGAUUUUAAUUCACGUGAGAUCGAUCUUGUUGAGUGUAAAAAUGUUUCUUCAAUGAAUGAGCUAUCGUCAGAUAUUAGAUUCGAUUGGAGACGUUUAAAAGUGAUUAAUAAGAUCGGUGAUACGUUCACGAUUGCAGAAAAUGAUCAAGGUCUGGAGUACAUACAACGAUUAGAUUUAUCACAAGCCGGGAGUCUUGAUGUUGCAGAAUAUGGUUUUCGUGGCUUCUCUCAAUUGAUCGAAUUGAAUAUUUCGAGCACACACACUUCGAUUUUAAGAAACAGUUGGUUUUCACGAAGGAACAAUAUACAAAUUCUCGAUUUUAGCUGGAAUCAGUUAACUUCGUUAAAGCAGGAUAGCUUGCGAACACUGUCACAGCUAUCUGUUGCCAACUUUUCUCACAAUGAAAUCGAAGAUAUUGAAAUGGUGGCAUUUUCCUCUUUACAAUCUAUGAAAAUACUCGAUUUGCGCAACAAUCGUAUUGCACAUCUGUUUGACCUGGGCGAUCUUUCUACACUGGAAAUCUUGAAUUUGGAUGAGAACUUUUUAGUUGAGUUGCCUCCCAACGGAUUUCAUAAGCUGAAGGGCCUCCGAACACUCACGUUGUCUGAAAAUACUAUAUCAACUCUACAAAGAAAUUGCUUCUACGGCUUGGAAGCUCUGAGGACGUUGAAUAUUUCCGGAAAUUCCAUCACAAACAUCCAAAAUUAUAUUUUUGAUGGAUUCUCCACCGUGCUGAAGGAGCUCGAUAUCAGCAAGAAUUACAUUUCACAGAUCGAUUCAAAUGCGUUCCAGAAUUUAAAUUUUCUUCAAAUUUUGAACCUGUCUGGCAACAGCAUUAAAGAUUUGAUGGAAAAUACAUUUUAUGGCCUGAAUGCCCUGCGAAAAUUGUAUUUGUUGAACAAUGACAUUUCGAGCAUAGAACCACGGACAUUUGACGAGUUGCAAAAUCUGGAGGAGUUGGACUUAUCAGGGAACGCCUUGCAAUCAUUUAGUGGAAUAGUGUUUGGUCACUCAAUGUCACCACGGAAGUUACGCAAGCUGUUCCUCAAAAAUAACAAAUUGCUUGAAAUUCAUCCCCACACAUUCAAUCAUAUUCCAAAUAUCGACUACCUCAGUCUGUCGUUCAAUUCGAUCGUUCGACUCGAUGACAAUCUACUUUUGCCGCUAACAGCACUUAAGAAACUACAUAUCGAUCACAAUAACAUUGAAGAAUUGUCUGCUUCUCUGUUUAACACAACUCUUCUGCUGCAAGAACUGUACAUUGCUCACAAUAAAUUGACUUUUUUCCCUGAAGUCGACAAUGAAUUCAGAAAUUUGGUGAAAGCAUCACUGGAAGGAAAUCCAUGGCAAUGUCCGUGCCUAAAUGAUAUUAUAGAUUGGAUGAAGCAGAAAGGAGUUGAUUACAAGCGAACACGCGAUAAUCCAUACUACGCCGGUUUGAAACCUAUAUGUGUGUUGAAUUCGCGCAAUGAUUGUAUUAAGGACAUUGAUGUAGCCAGGGAGCUUCGUAUUGUCGAAAUAUACACAAAUUCUUUGAAGUGAA